AUGUCGGAGGAGUUGCCCGUGGACCUGAGGACCCGCCGAGGGCCCCCCUCCGGCCCGGGCCCCCCCGAAACUUCGCUGCCGCUGAGGAAGAGGCGCUCGGUGACCAGGGGGGCGGCGGCGGGGGGCGACACGCAAGGACUUCCCCCGCGAAAAGCCCCUCGACCCGCCCCCCCCGGGCCCCCCGUGGCCAUGGCCUUUGCCCCACCACCCGCUGCCUUCUUCACAGGUGAGAGACCCCCUGACCCCAAAAACCGCGCGCCUAGAGGUGUCUGGGACCCCCCCCCCCCCGCUCCAAAAACUGGCUGCAGGCGGAGCCGCUGCAGGGGGGGCUGUCGGGAGGGGUGCUGGCUCUGCCCCCCCCCCCUGCUGUUGGGCCCCUCCGAGUCCCACUUGGCGGCGGAGAUCGCGGCUGCCACCGCCCAGGACGAGGACGGCGACACGGCUCUGCACAUCGCUGUCGCUCAGGGAUCUUUCGUUGCCACCCGCCGCCUCGUGGGGCUUUUUCUUCAGGGGGGGCGAGAUCUGGAUGUUUAUAAUCGGCUGCGGCAGACCCCCCUGCAUCUGGCGGUGAUCACGGCGCAGCCGGCCCUGGUGCGGCUCCUGGUAGCCCACGGUGCGUCGCCCAUGGCCCUGGACCGACUGGGGCGCACGGCCCCCCACCUCGCCUGUGAGACCCCCAGUGCCCGCUGCCUGCGGGAGCUCCUGCGCCCUGGACCCCGCUUGCCCCCUGACCUGGGGGCAAGAAACUACGAGGGUUUGACUCCCCUGCACGUGGCUGUGAACUCGGGGUCCCGAGAGAGCGUCCUUGUGCUGCUGGAGCACGGGGCUGACAUCGACGCUGUGGACAUCAAGAGCGGGCGCUCACCGCUGCUGCACGCGGUGGAGAGCAACAGCCUGGAGAUGGCCGAGCUGCUGAUCGAGCGUGGUGCCAGUGUGAAUGCCCAGUCCUACGCCGGCUGUACCCCUCUCCAUGCCGCCGCGGGUCGGUCGCUGCUCCCGGUUCUGCGACUCCUGCUUCGGGCCGGGGCCAACGGGGCCCUCCGGAACCUCCACAACGAGACCGCGCUCGCUGUGGCCACCGACAGCAGGGCCAUCGACAUCCUGCGGGGCAAGGCCUCCUCGCGCCCCCCCCCGCCCCCCCCCCCGCUGCCCCCCCAGAACCCAAUGGUGAGGGGCAGAGAGGGGAGCUCGAAUGGGGGGGUCUCCAGGGCCCCACUGAUCCCCACAUCCAGCGCCACGCCCAGCCCCGCUGAUCCUCACGCCCAGCCCCGCUGA